UACUUGGAUACUGAGUGUGUGUAUAACGUACAUGUAUGUACUAGUGUGUACAAAAGGUAUGACACUGGUCCGUCCGCAAGGCUACACACUAUGCCGGUACUGCCGGUGUAUAUAAUCGCAGCGAACUAGCGGAGCAUAUUUUUCGCUCAGUCAUAUCUCCGCGAACGCUAGGGAAAGGUAGACAGGAACUCCCCCGGUCUACGUACGGCGUAUGUGUGCUGGAACGAACCGCAUCGGACUUCGAGUUUGACAUCGGAGAACUGAACCAUAAGGACACGAUUAAUGCAACACUUAUCAAGAUUUCAGUUGGUUGCAGAUCACAAGGGUGAGAGAAUCUAGCUGUUUUGUUACCACAUUAGAUGGGGGAUAUAAAAUACGACAUAGCAUUUCAGUAUUCGAGGGCUUUAUCACCACCGGAAUUGUAUUCGAAUCUGGACAAGCUGUCUUUGUUUUCUCCAGACUCUCUUACGAUGCAAGAUGACAUGUUGCUUGAUAAGAGUGCAGGAAAACUGCCUAUGCAGCAGCUAUCUCCCAAUCCUGACCAAAGUUCAGAUAACUCAGAAGAUUAUUCACAGAGCUCCAAGACAAAGUCCAGAGACUCGAGCCCUUUAACUGUACCUGAUAAGAGUAGAUCACACCCAAGUCAAAUAGAUCAUCCAUCAAUUACGUCUGCUCUGUUACAGCAGCAACAUCAUCAACUUCAGCAGCAGCAACAUCAACAGCAGCAUCAGCAGCAUCAACAACAACAACAGCAGCAACAACAGCAGCAACAGCAUCAGCAACAACAGCAGCAGCAGCAACAGCAGCAGCAUCUAGGGAUUCAUCCUCACCAACCUGUGAGUUUGAGUCAGUUGCACCAACAAGAAUCAGCCAACAGCGUGAUUAGCAGUAACGCAGCUGCAGUUUCCAGUGUAUUCAAUACCCCCAGUUUCUGGUCAACGGCUAAUAAUUCAGACGAAACAUUCUUUCAGAAUAUCCCCGCAAUGAAUGGCGCCAUGCAUCAGUUUCAGAAUUUCCCUGUAAAUUCUUCUCCUCUAUUCAGUCCGACAUUGUCGCCUCAAGCCCAGCUCAACAUGCAGCAGGCAGCCCACAGACGCAGUCUACCCCCUCAGCCGAGCACCCCCCAGCAGAACCUUUUCCCCACAUCAAGCCAGCUUCAGCAGGCACAGUUACAAGCUGGAAACCUCCUUCUAGCAAACAAGCAUCUGAGUUGGAACGCUGGUCAGCCAACAUCUUGGAACAGCGCAGCCCAACAGAGCUUGCAGCAGCAGCAGUCUAACCCGUGGGGCACGGUCGGCUCACCUUCAUCAGCCGCCCAGACGAAUCACCAUCGUCGAUCGAUGCCACCGCUGUCAACCCCAAAUGUUAACCAGUCGACACCAAGUCCCAACUCUCUGGGGUUAUCGCCAAACAAGAUGAAGCCGGCCAGCAGCAACCCCAUCAUCUCUCCUCCCAAGUUCCAUCGCAGUACUUCUCUCCCUGGAAAGAGCUUCUCUCAAUCACAGCCUCAUCUGCCUUCGACUGCAGGAUCUCACCCUACCCAUCAGGGACAGAGGCAGGCCUAUGACUUUGGCAGAGACGUUGGAGGAGAUGCUAACCAUGGCCAUGCAACCCACAAUGGCACUCAGAAUGGCACUCACCAUCUCUCUAGUAAUAGCACCCUGUUUCCAUUCCAGGAUAAUCCUGGUCAUCAGACCCAGAACACAGGCAUGGAUCAUCUCAAACUGGCCUCCCUGGAACAUCAGCUAUUUGACAUCAUGCGUGGCACAGACCAACCUUCAAUGGAAUUCAACGCUCCUCGUGGUACAUGGAGCUCAGCUUUGUUCCCAGGCUCUGAUAAUCUUCUGGAUGAUGGACGUCAUGACCAGAUUGUCCCCUCCCUCAGCUCACCAGGUCACAUCUCACCCCGCUCUAUAGAGUACCCUGGAGAAAGGUAUUCCAGGAAGGUGUUUGUCGGAGGACUUCCACCUGACAUUGACGAAGAUGAGAUAACUGCCAGCUUUAGACGCUUUGGAAGCCUGGUUGUUGACUGGCCUCACAAGGCAGAGAGCAAAUCAUACUUUCCUCCAAAAGGUUAUGCAUUCCUGUUGUUCCAAGAUGAGAGGUCAGUCCAGGCUUUGAUAGAUGCAUGUAUCAAGGAAGAAGACAAGCUCUAUCUCUGUGUGUCAAGCCCGACUAUCAAAGACAAGCCGGUUCAAAUACGCCCCUGGAACCUUGCUGAUAGUGACUUUGUACUAGAUGGAUCUCAGCCCCUAGACCCAAGGAAAACAAUAUUUGUAGGGGGUGUUCCAAGGCCUCUCAGAGCUGUUGAAUUGGCAAUGAUAAUGGAUCGCCUGUAUGGCGGGGUAUGCUAUGCCGGUAUUGACACCGACCCAGAGCUGAAGUACCCCAAAGGAGCUGGCCGAGUGGCCUUCGCCAGCCAGCAGAGUUACAUCGCUGCCAUCAGCGCUCGUUUUGUGCAGCUUCAGCAUGGCGACAUAGACAAGAGGGUUGAAGUAAAGCCGUACGUGCUUGAUGAUCAGAUGUGCGAUGAAUGCCAGGGCACCCGAUGCGGAGGAAAGUUUGCGCCUUUCUUCUGUGCCAACGUGACCUGCCUGCAAUACUACUGUGAGUUCUGCUGGGCCACCAUCCACUCUCGUCCGGGCAGGGAGUUCCACAAACCCCUAGUCAAGGAAGGAGGCGACAGACCACGCUCGUUCCCUUUCCGUUGGUAGAUCCCCUCCAGAGGGCCUCCUACCUUGCGUGAAGAAGAAGAAGCGUUCACAUCUACUACAGAUGACGGGAUGAAGGGACGACGAUGUGAAGGGAUCAGGCAGACACAAGUCAAGUGUAGUUUUGUGUGGUAGACCAAUCCGGGUGAUUCUUGUCUGCCAUUUUGUGUUAUUCAGUUUUCAAUAUACAAAAAAGAGUGUUUUUUUGAUGAGGCAUUGUGUGAUGUGAUUUCAGUUUCCUUUUCUUUUUCCUUUUUUUAAUUUAUUCUAUUUUUAUUGAUUGACUCAAAUUUUUGGACAGUGAUAUGACUAGUGUGGCAUAAUUGAUGUAGUGCUCCUAAGAAAUUAGUGUUCAUGUGUGUGGCGUGUUUGUUCUUUCAGCUAUACCAUAGCCAGGUAUAUGAUUCCUUUUUACAUGUCACUACACUCUACUGUAUUUUGCUGAUGAAAUGGUUAUGUGAAAGAACCUUGUGAAGAAGAAAAUGUUCAUUGCUCAGAUGAGCUAUCGAAAGAAUUCAAGGUUUUGUUUUUUCCAUUAUUUAAUUUCCCUUCAUAGGAGUGGAUUCUUGCCAUAUUUGUGCAAAGGAGACAUCUAAUAUAUGACAGAUUUUAUUUUUUCAAUAAAGAAGUUGCACACAUUUUUUUUACAUGGACCUAAUAGAGCAUUGGGCAUUUGUCGAAGUUGUCCUUAAAAACUUGAGGAACAAUGAAAAAUCAAGCGUUUGCUUGCAAAAAAUUCAUUCAUUUGAGGCCAGGAAAGAUUAAUUUUCCUGAAUAAAAAUAAAAAUUGAAAGUUAAUGCCAAAGCUUCUAUUUAAAUAUUAUUUCAGUGCAAUUUGUGUAAUCACAGUACACACCUAACAAAUAGAACGCCAUUUUCAUUAUUUUCGUAUUUUAUGUAUUCUUUAUAUAUAUAUUUCUAAAAUUAUUUUGGAAAAAAAAGUAGAUAAAUGUGUCGCUGGUUCAGUGAUUGCAAAAAAAAAAUAAAGAAAAAAAAAGAGGAGAUGAAGUGAAUAGAAAAUAUGCUAUUGUGUCAGGGAUUGAUGAUUUUCUUUUUAGAGCUGGGAUGGUCGGUGUGUUGAUAGUCACAUUUCUUUUGUUGGAGUUCAUUAGAUUGAAGAAGUGAGGUAUUUGUCUGCACAGUAUAUUCUAUAUCAGAUUUAAAGGUAUAUAUUCACUGUAGAGAGAGAGAGAGAGAGAGAGAGAGAGAGGGAUCAGAAUCUUAUCAUUCUCUCAUUACUGCUGUUCAUACUCACUGUUAUAUUCAUGUAUCAAUGUCAUGUGUCUGUGUGUGUAUGUAUAGCAACAUAUUAUCAACAUUCUACAGAGAAACAGAGUAUUGCCAGAGAGCAAGUUAUGAUGGAAGAUUAGUCAUUAUUUCUUUCAGCGGUACCUGCUUUAUUGACAUAUAGAUUAGAUAGAUGAUAUUGUAACCUUUCAAAAUAUUUUUUUAAUUCACAAGUUAUUUAGUCCACUGUGCAAUGUUCUUCUUUUGAUAUUUUUUGUAAAACAUACAUUAGAAGAAAGAUAGAUUUGGAAAGAUUGCUGCAUAAAAAAAGAUAAAAUUAUCUCUGAAAUACAGGAAGCAAAGUGGUAAUUUUCACCAAAAUAACCCAACAACAACCUAGUGGUGUUAUUUACAAAAAAAAGAGAAAAAGUGAAUGAAAAGGUAACCGUUUGUGUUUAUUGUUAUCCUUUCCUAGUAUUUACCAAACCAAAAUUGGACAUCCGUCAUCUAGAUGGAAAAUAAUGAGUGCGCGAUCAUAUACAUGUAUGUACUGCAUGAAAUGAAGCCAAAAAAUGAUGGGAGCCGUGUAGAUUUGAUGUUCAUGUCAAUGUGUGACAAAAAGUUAAGAUAUAACCAAUGUAACUGUUUGGUGUGUGUUCUUGGAGUGUUUGAAAUUGUUCUAAGGCAUAAAACAGGUGGAGUUACAAUGUAUGAUGUACAUGUUAGUGGUGGUUACUGUAGUAGUCUGUUCUGCAUGCAAAGCACCCAUACCUGUGUUGUGGAUAGUAUAGGAAGGUAUAACAAACAAUGUAUAAUCUCACAUAUUGACACAAUAUUACCACAUAUAUAUGUGUGACAGAAAUUUAGAUUGCGGUAAAUAAAUGUUGGGCAUUGUUUAAUAUUGAACAGUUCUGUGAUUCCUCCCUGCCCUGCCCUUGUCGCAGCUUUAAUCUCCUAUUAAACUUGUAUUCACAUUUUUCUGUGAAUGGUUAUCUUGAUAUUUAGUCAAAAUCAAGGCUUAAUAUAUGUCAGCUGUGAGACAAAUAUUUAUGUACAAAAGGAAAGAGGACAUAUCCUCUGUAUGUAUCUCAGUGUGGUGUUGUCUCUGCCCAUAUGAAUAAAGAAUAUUGGACAUGCAUUAUUGAAAUUUAAUAAUACAAAUUUGAUUUUAUGUGGUUACAGGUUUCGACAUUUCAUUGCAAUAGAUUUGUCAAUUGUUAUUUUUGUGUGAUUUGCAGAUAUUGCAGCCUUUUAUUUUUUCUAGUUAUUGUAUUUAAUGCCAUGUUUUUUGGCAAUGGAUUGUGAAUGAAUAGAUGUCAUUUUGAAGUUUUUGUAGAACAAUAUUUUUAUUGAAUUUAUGUGAUAAUUGUAUGUGUGCAUGAGUGUUUGAAUGUAGUGAGGGGAAAUAAACAGAGAGAAGACUUUCAGCUUUUUGCUUUUUAUAUAAAUAUUUCUUAGCAUAUAUUCUCAUGGAACAAAUGUAUUUCAUAUAUAUGUUUGAAUCUAUACCUAUUUUUCUUGGUACAGUAUUUUAGUAACAGUUUACAAUUGCUACAAUAUAUUUGUCUCUCUUAACUUUUAUACAAAACCAGUAAUUUUCUUAAUAAUUUAGACUAUAACAUUUGGUACACAUUUUGCAGAUGCUUUAGUAUUACAUUUUUGAAGAAAAACUCCUUUCUCACUGAAAUUUAUAUAUAUGCAUGUAUUUUGAUUAUUUAUAUAACAUUAUCGAUUUGCAAAGUGAAAGUGAUUCAGAGUUUGUAAUUUUUUAUUUUUCUUUAAUGGUAUAAAAAAAAUUGAAAAGAAAAAAAAAACUUUGAGAACAUUUUCACAUUGCCCGUUUUCCAGAGUGUGUAUUAAACUUUUUAUUAUUGGAUAGUUUGUUCAUAUAAAGACAGAGUUAAUAUAUAUGGUUUCAGAAGUUUGUAAUCGAUUUUCUGCAUUUUUUCUAGCAAAUUGUUAUUGAACUGCUUACGUUGUGAAAUCUUUUCUACCUUCUUGUGUGUUUUUGAACAAUUUUUGCCAAUGUUUUCAUAUAGGGUUAUACACUAAGCGGGUAGUAGUGUAUGUAUGGAGUAGAUAUUACAUGUCUUAUUAUAUCUGGUGCUACAAUGUACACUGUAGUAUGUGAUUUGUGUGAGCGUAUUAGAGGUCAGAGGUUCAUAUAAUUCUCGUGUGAAUGUUGCAUUCUGAAUGGUUUUGUUUCAUUUUUUUUUCUUUCAGUGCAAUAUAAGAUGAAUCAAUAAUUUUUCUACAAUCUAUUUUUAAGUUAUUGCCUUUAGCCCUCAUGAUUUUGAUAUGAAUUUUCUUUUCAUCCAUUUCAACCUGAUUAAAAAUAAGGAAUUUGUGGAUUUAUUAUACAUUUGGUCUUUUCUUUUUUUAGAAGAAGAAAAGAAGAAACAAAGGAACCUCUUUAUAGGCUCUUGUUCAGCUCUAUCAAAUCAAGUUCAUUUUCUCUGUAUGGUUAAAUUUAAGAUUUUACUUUGUAAUUGUGUUAAACUGAACAUGAUGAUAUUCAUGGCUUCUAAAACAGUAAUUUGCCUAUCGAUGUGAUACAAAGGUAUUUUGAAACCUAACAUUUUUUAAUCAAACAGUGUUUGCUUUUUUUGCCAUAAUGACUAUUGCAGAGUUCAGCAUAGCUCUUCCAUUUUGUUACAUUUUGCAUAACAAGAUAUUUUCACUUUAGCUUUUAUAUGAAGGAUAUCUUUGCUAGCUUUUUACAGUUUCAUCAUUUUAAAGAUGAUCUUUUGCAUACAAGUGUUCUGAAUGCAUUUUUCGGAUAGUUGGAAUUUUUUUAUUUACUUAAUGUAAAUAAGUAAACAUGUUGUCUGUCUCUCACUUCAUCACUUUCUCUUUUUCUUUCUCAUCCUCCUGUAACAUUCUAUUUUCCCUCCCUCGUACAGUAUUCAUUUCCUUUUAAAAAGAAAUAGGGGAAAUUGUCAUGUUAUAUUCUGUUUUACAUGCAUCCUUUUUACUGGGUAGAAGUUACUUGGUUACAUACUUAUACACUGUAGAUAGCUGUCUUUAUCUACUGGGAAUUUGUUACAAAAGACAUGGGAAUUGAUAUUCCAACAGCCAGUCACUUGGCAUAGUCACGCUCAACUUUUGUAUAUUUGACCACCUUGUUAAUUGAUGUAAUUUCAAAUGGAUCAAUUUCUGUUGUGAUAGUGCUGUGCAUUAUUAUGAAGAAAGAAAAAAACUGCAAUAAAUCUUUAGUUUGUUUGCUCCAAAAGUAUCCCUUAUCCACAAUUAAUAAAUAUGUAGAAAAUUCAUAUUUCAUUGGGUCAUUUAGAGGUUGCAAGUGGUUUGUUUUUUGAUGAAUUUGAAAUGAUUUAGUCAAUUUUUGAAGAGCAUAGAUAGGGUUUUGUUUAAAUAUGUAUCCUUCAGCAUAAUCAAAGCUUAGUAAAAAGAAAAAUGAGGUGGGUUAUUUUAGAGUGUGGCUCAUACUAAAAUUUGAAAUGAUGCUUUGUCAUUUAGUUUGAAUUUGUUUGCUCUGAUAUUUCUGUUUGGUUUUAUUGUUGGUAAAUUGGCUUUUUGUUUAACUUGUGAUGAAAUAUGAAACAGUUCUAAAUCUGGAAAAAAAAAGUCUAGCGAGUCGUAAUUUUGGACAGUUAGAGACGAUAGAGAAAAUGUGAUUUCAAACUUCAAAUUUCCAACCAAAAAAGAAAAAGAAAAAAAAAAAUCAUUUGAAUCAGUGAAUUUUUUGUAGUUUUGUAGUGUGAUUAUGCUAUGACAGUUGUUUGUUGCUCGUUUUGAGUUUUCUUUCCCUUUCUAUUUUUCACUAGAGCUUAACAGCCACUUCGCCUGUUUUUCUUGGGCAGACUUUUAUACAACUCUUAGUAGCCAUAUUGAUAUAUUUUUCAUAGAACUUUUUGUGACAUUUAUUAUUCUUAUUACUAUAUAUAUAGUACAGUGUAUACAUCUUUUGAAUGAAGUGUUUGUAUUUUUCCAGUGGAGCAUGAUUUGAAUGCGAUUUUUUUUUUUCUAGGUAGAAUAUUUGAGAUAAAAAAAAGAGAAAAUUGAGAAUUCAUUAUUUUUGGAACUCGCUUUACAACAUUCCUAUUCUAAUAUGUAAAGAUUCGAGGCACUCUUUUCUGUGCAGUUUAGUUGUGUAUUUUUUCACAGUUUUAUUAUGUAUUUAUAUCAAUGUUCAAGGUAAGAACCUGGGGAAUGGUAACCUCACUACAUACACGUUUAUCUUCUUGUAAGACUUGAAGUGCAAAAGCAGUACAUGUUAUAGUUGACAAGAAAAAAACAAAUCAAUGUUGAUGGUAUUAUACAAGCUUUGUAUUACAGGUCCACAAGCUUUCAAGCAGCAUAUCAAUCAAUGUGUAUGUUAGCGCUGCUAGCAUUGGAUGAGUAUGGAUCCAACCACCCAUUGACUGUUAGCAAUAUAUCCAAAAUUGUUAUGAUACUACAAUGCUGUAUGUUAAUUAUAUAAGAUAUCACUCCUAACCCUGUAUACAUCAACAAGCUUAGUAUUUAUAUUAAAAAUGAGCAAAUUUUGUGGAUUAUGGUGUUAUUAAUAUAAGUCCAGUGCACACAUAACAGCACAUCAAUGCAAAACUGCUAAAUAGAGCCUGCCUAGGACCUCGGUCACACUGACAAACCAAUUCCAAACCGACACGUUCUUGGCCAUUCAGUGAAUGCUGUUUGGGUUAUGACCGGUCUGGUGUUGGUCGAGUCAGUGUGACCGCGGUAGAAGUUAUCCAAACUAGGUAUGUCGAUUUGAUUUUUAUUUUGUGAUAUUUAAGAGAGAAAGCUUUGUUUCAAUACAUAUCAUAUGACCUGCUUUGCAUUUGAAGUCUUGAUCAUAAUCGAGUGGAAAACAUCAUUUUAGAUUGAGCUCUGUUCUGAUGUGCUGAUGGUUGCGUUCCAUACACAAGUUGGGCAUUGUUUUCGUUUGCUUUGAAACUUGAUGUGAUAAACCUCAAAUAAAUGUUGAACGCUAAUCUU